CGCUCGCUCUGUCUGUGUCUCCGGGCCAGGAUUACUUGACAGCCACCCCUGGUGAGGGCGGGACGCGCAGCGCCGGCACACAAAGACCUCCCUUCUCUGCCCAGCGCCUGCCGGCAGUUUGGAAACCGCGAGUGCCCUGCGGUAGGCGGGAAGAGCGCAGGGGGGACGCGCCGAGGACCGCGCCAUCUCUCCGGGCGAAGCGGCGGACCCUUGCCUCGCUCCUGCGUCUCUGCCUCUGCUCCGGAGCUCCUGCUAAGGCGCUGCUAGCAGCCUCGCUCCGCGCUCAUGGCUCGCGACAAAGCCAAGGAAGGCGAUGGCAACUGGAAGAAAUUCAUCUGGAACUCGGACAAGAAGGAGUUCCUCGGCAGGACUGGCAGCAGCUGGUUUAAGAUCCUCCUCUUCUAUGUGAUCUUCUACGGCUGCCUGGCGGGUAUCUUCAUUGGGACCAUUCAAGUCUUGCUGCUCACCAUCAGCGAAUUCCAGCCCAAGUAUCAGGACCGAGUUGCACCCCCAGGACUGACAAAUGUUCCUCAGGUACUUAAAAUGGAGAUUACAUUCAACCCUUCAGAUCCCAGCACGUACGCAAAGUACACGGCCCUCAUUGACAAGUUCCUGGCAACUUAUAAUUCGUCACAGCAGAAAGAUACAGAUAUGGAGUUUGAGUCUUGUGACACUGUACCUUCUUCCCCCAAAGACAGAGGUGCCUAUGACGCCUCUCGAGGCAAGCUGCCAUCUUGCAGGUUUAAUCGCUCCUGGCUGGAAAGUUGCUCUGGGCUUCACGACUCCACUUACGGUUACAAAGAGGGAAAGCCGUGUGUCAUCAUCAAACUCAACAGGAUUCUGGGCUACGUACCCAAGCCGCCAUUAAAUAAUUCCAUCCCGCCUGAGCUGAUGACAAAAUAUAACGAGUAUAUCAUUCCUGUUCACUGCGCUGCUAAGAAACCGGAGGACGCUCACAAAAUUGGCUCUGUGGAAUACUAUGGCAUGGCAGGGUACGGUGGCUUUCCUCUACAAUACUACCCGUAUUACGGCAAGCUCCUCCAGCCCAAAUACCUCCAGCCCCUUAUGGCAGUGCAGUUCACCAAUCUGACCUAUGACGCAGAGGUGCGUAUCGAGUGCAAGGCCUACGCUCAGAACAUCCAUUACAGUGACAAAGAUCGUUUCAUGGGACGUUUUGAUAUGAAAAUUGACAUAAAAAGCAGCUGAUCACAAGCACAGUUUGUUUCUCCUUUUUCCUCUUAGCCAUUUAAAAAGUAUAUUAAAAAAAAAAGAAGACAAAAACCUACUAGUCUUGAACAAAACUGUCAUACGUAUGGGACCUACACGUAAUCUAUAUGCUUUACACUAGCUUUCUGCAUUUAACUAGGUUAGAAUGUAAACUUAAAAGUGUAGCAAUAGCGACAAAGAUAUUUAUUCUACUGUAAAUGACAAAAAACAGAAUUGAGCCUUGGGACAUGCCCAUUUCUACUGUAAAUUAUGAUUCCAUAACUGACUUGUAGUAAGCAGUGUUUCUGCCCCCUAAGUAUUGCUGCCUUGUGAAUUUUAUUUAGUGUACAGUACUAUAGGUGCAUUACUCCGGUCAUUUUUCAAGCCAUGUAUUAUUGUACCUGUUUUCUACUUUCUGUGAGCAACAAUUUGCUGUCCGAGGUGUAAAUACUCCGUGGGACUAAAACUGGCAUGGUACUUUUAAUUAUUAUUGUUAUUAUUUGUUCAUUUUCAAAAAGUAAAGGCCCACCUGUGAGAUUAUUCAACAGCACUCCAUAGAGCCUUUUUUUUUUUCCUGUGGUCUUAGGACUUUAUUUAGUGUGGUGGCAGGGAAAAUUAUCUUGACUUCGAAGCAAAGCUAAGGAGAGCAGGUGAUUGUGUACUGUGCUUUGUAGCGAAUGGUGUCUUUCUCUCUCUCUUGUUCCCCCUCAUCCUCCAGUAUGUUCUGAAGUUGUGUGAGAGACCUGAGUCAGCCUAUCACUCUCAUCAGUGAUGGGAAUAAUUAUUUUGCUUUGUAUAUUUUCUUCCUUUCCUGCUAGAGGCAUCAUAUGCUGUGGUGCUGUCUUUAUUGAAUGUUUUAACCAUUUUCAUGGUGGAAGAAUUUUAUAUUUAUGCAGUUGUACAAUUUUAUUUUUUUCUGCAAGAAAAAAGUGUAAUGUAUAAAAAUAAACCAAAGCCACAUGUUUGAAAAUAAAUCUUUAUUUUAAACUUUAUGAGAAGCAAUGCAGUUACCCCAUCAAC